AUGAUAGUCAUGAGAGUCAGUAAAGAUGCGAAGUGUUUGUGUUUCCUGCUGACAUUAGGAGGGUCCACUGAGGAGUGGUUCAAGAUGUUGGAACCAGGAUCCGUAGAUUGCUUGAACAAACUACAAAGAGGAUUGAGGCAAGGGGAUCCUAUGUCCCCUCUGAUCUUUGUUCUAGGGAUGGAAUAUCUCACUAGAAUACUGAAGAAGGUUGUGGAAAAAUAUGAUUUCCAGUCCUGUGAGAGAUGCAGGGGUUUGAAGCUCAAUCAUCUCAGAUUUAUAGAAGAUGUACUCUUGUUUUCUAAGGGAGAUUUAAGAAGUGUCAAGUACAUGCUACAAGGACUGAAACUUUUCUCAGCUACAUCGAGACUUUUUCCUAAUCCAUCUAAAUCUCCAAUUUAUGGCAGCAAUAUGCCACAGAAUGAAAUUGAUAGGAUGUUGGUUGCCUGGGGUUAA